AUGGCACCUCUCAUCCGAGUCAUUGGAUCCCUCAACGCUGACAUGGUCUCAGUCACGCCCCGGUUUCCAAACCCGGGCGAGACAAUCACCUCCUCAUCCUACUUCACCAGCGCGGGCGGCAAGGGCGCAAACCAAGCCGUGGCAUGCGGUCGCAUGUCUCGGUCCAAGCCAACAGGCACCAUGGACUCCACAAGCGACGUCAGUGUCGAGAUGAUGGGCGCAGUAGGUGCAUUGGAUGGCCACUUCUCCUCCCUGCUUAGACCCACCCUCGAGAGAUCCGGAGUGGACCCGUCCCGAGUGAAGGUCAUCGAGAACGCAUAUACAGGAGUAGCAGUGAUCAUAGUAGACUCGUCAGCCGGCGGUGAAAACCGCAUUCUCUUCUCGCCUGGUGCAAACUACGAUGGCAUGCAGCCUACCUCCGAGGUACUGGGAAUGGCAUUAGCGGCGCCCGUACCUGAUGUCAUCGUUAUGCAGGGCGAGAUCCCGGUUGACACGAUUAUCGGGACACUACGUGAGAUCACAGCUUACAAGGCCAAGGCUCGCGCUGCUGGUAAGCGCGGCAUCGAGUGCGGUCCAGAUGUUAUGCUCAACCCGGCACCUGCGCCGCCUGGUGGUUUGCCCGAGGAUGUAUACGCUGCUGUCGAUCAUUUGAUUCUGAACGAGACGGAGGCUGAGCUGAUGACUCCGCCUGCGGAGCAACUGCUUCGCACGGUUCCGGAUGCAGAGGGCUUGGAUGGCAAGGAGAAGGUUGCUCGGUAUUUCCACAAAUUGGGUGUCACUUACAUCCUCAUCACGUUCGGGGCGAAGGGCGUUUGGUACAGUGCCGCGGAUGCUGGCUCGUCUAGACCCAGUGACGGAGUACAGCGCUUCACGAACGAGAUCCCAGCCGCCCAUGUCUCCCAUGUCUUGGAUACGACUGGCGCAGGUGAUACAUUUGUUGGAGCCUACGCAGUCAGAGUGGCGCGGUGGCGUGAGCAGCGUCGCGGGGAGGGCAAGGCUGGGCAGAAUGUCGCGGAUGAUGAGAAGGCGUACCGGUAUAAGACUGUCACGGACGAGGCGAUGCGUCUGGCUGCCCGCGCCUCAGCUCGGGCGGUGGAACGUCGGGGUGCCAUGGAUAGCAUUCCUUUUGAGGAUGAGGUCUGA